AUGGGCUUUUAUCAAGACAUUGCAGCGAGGUUUGGACACGAUGCUGUUCACAAUAUGAAAUUAUGGGCAAUCAACAACACCAAGUUGGCUAAUUUCAGAAACAGGAGGAUCUUCCUACUCCAGUGCAAAAACAAUGGACUGAUACCUCAACAUAUCACAGAAGGCUCUAAGUGCAUUUAUGGAUUUGUGGAUAUAUCCGGACAUACAGUACAAGAUAUAGAGAAAUUCAACGACAAGUUAAGAUCGAAAAUCCUAUCUCUGGAAAUCAAGUUUGCCGAAAGAAGAGUGGCACAACUCGAAAGAAAACUGAAGGAGUGUAUGGGUGCCCUAAGAAAUCAAAUUCCCCCUGACGUCUUCAAUGAAUAUCAGGCAAGACAAAUAAGAUCCUACAAUGGACGUUUUAAUAAAGUUAGGAAUGUUCAAAGGAGUAAAUUUGACAGACUUAUAAAAAAGCAUAUUUCGAAGCUGUCCACGAAGCAGUCUUGGCUGGUAAACCUCUCUGGUGUGGAGUUACCCGAGGGUGUAAAGACAAUGCUGUCACUAGGUCCCAAGUUUGGAGUCCCUCCACACAACAACCAGAUAUCCAUAAAAAAGAUUUUAUCGGAUGUAGAAUAUAUCAUAAGCGAUUUGAGCGAGAGAACUAGAGAUAUUAUUAGGGCUCAAACCACCAACAUAAUUACAAACUUCCACUUCAACAAUAUAAGAAAACCAAGCUAUUUAUAUUCAUUAUAUAAAGAAACCAGGAACUUCCUCAGAUCAAGAGAUGACUUGUUGGUGUUAAACUCAGACAAAGGUAAUGUGAGCGUUCUGAUGACAUCUGUGGACUAUUUUGAGAGAUGCGAUACGCUGGUAAACGAUGGACAGAUAUAUGAACUUUUGAAUAGAGACCCCACCAACCAAAUCGAAACAAAGAACAAUAAGCUGGUUAAAUUCCUAAAAGACUCGAAAUUUGUCGAUGUCUCUGAAGCAAGGGACCUCAUGUCAUAUGAUACUGUACCCCCACGAUUCUACGGCCUACCCAAGCUACAUAAAGAAGGAAUUCCUAUGCGACCGAUUGUGAACACCAUAGGUUCCCCUACAUCCAAACUGAGUAAAUAUAUGGCCAACAUCCUGAAGAAAUCAUUCUCAGACUAUAUGGAAUUUUCGCUAAUAAACUCUAAGAAAUUUGCAGAGGAGAUAAAUGGCUUCAAACUACCCGACGAAUAUGAGCUAAUCUCCCUGGACGCAGUGUCACUAUUUACCAAUAUUUCAGUGGAGCUUGUAAUAGAGAUUAUUUACCAGGAGUGGGAUUUAAUUCUCCCAAACACAGAAAUUCCAAAGGAGACAUUUAUCGACAUAAUAGAGUUCAUUUUUCAGUCCAACUAUUUCAUAUAUAAGGGCAACUUCUAUAGACAGAAAUUUGGUUGCCCGAUGGGUAACAGUCUGAUUCCCAUUUUAGCAAACAUGGUGAUGUCCUACCUCCUCAAGUUCACAUUGCCUAGAUUAUCAUUCAGGCUUCCAUUCGUUCGCCAAUACAUGGAUGACCUUCAUGCAUUUUCAAUAUGA